AUGUGUCUCAACACAUUGGUCACGAAGCUGCUGAGGACAUGGUUGGCAAUUACCAGUACUGUGCUGACCGAAGAUGUUUGCGCACAAGUCCAGCCACCUGUAUACGAGUUAACGGUCGGGGGCACCACGCUCUACCCAAAAAUCUCCAAUCACAUCAGCGACGUCAUCGAAGCAUUACAACAUCUCAAAGGCGACCUAGAACACGAAGAGACGGAUGAUCAUCGCGAACCGAUACCAAUCACAGGAACUGUAAAACUUCAUGGUACACAUGCAGAUAUCCUAAUCUAUAGCAAUGACGAAAUCGUGUUUCAAUCGCGAAAUGUGACACGCUUGUCAGCUCUGAAAGAUAAUUAUGGUUUUGCCGCAACGAUGUCAACAAAGACAAAAGCUCUUUUGCAGCUUCGCGAUAUGUACAAGACACAUUGGCUACAGAUCAAUCCAGGUGACUUUUUUGACGAAAAUUUCCCAGUUAUCGUAGCAGGCGAGUGGAUUGGAGAAAAGAUUGAGAAGGGUGUGGCCAUAUCGCAGCUCUCCAGACGCUUCGUCGUGAUUUCCGUCAAUAUCAACGGCAAAUGGCAACGAGAUCAAGAUUAUGGCAGCAUCAGCUUACCGCUUCACGACAUCUAUAACGUUGCUCGCGCUGGCUUCUAUACCGCAACAUUAUACCCUAACGACACACAACGUACUCUUCUCGAAGUCGAGUCCAUGGCCGAGGAAGUGGCUUGUACCUGCCCAUUUGCUGAGACAUUCGGUAUUAAAGGUAAAGGAGAAGGUAUCGUUUGGAAGCCUACAUCUGCCGAGUACAACCCCAAUCCUACGCUGUGGUUCAAGACCAAGGGUGGGGCAUUCAAACCUAAGUUAGCACAGCCACCGAAGAAGACUUGGACUUUUGAUAUCGCAGGGGAAAGGCGCGAUGCUACAGCGUAUGUUGCUCGUGUUUGGUGCUCUGUGCAACGACUGGAGCAAGGCUGGGAUUUCCUACGAGAAACGGAUAGGGAACGGAAUAUGUCAACACUCGAUGAUUAUGUCAAGUGGGUACAUGAGGAUAUCUUGACUGAAGAGAAGGUAUAUAUUCGAAAGCACAAGCUCGAGAGGAACGACUUGAAGGUUGAGAUUGCCAAGAUCGCAAAGCCGUGGUAUCUGGCCAAGGUGAAAGGAAGCAGCGUGUGA